GGCGUCCUCUCGUAACUUUGUUGUUGUGGUGCAAUGCAAUCUCGCCUUGGCGGCGCCUCGGCCGAUUCCCAGAAGGGAAGUGCGUGAGCCAUCGGUGGUUCGUAUAAGUAUUUGGAUGCUGGCGUUUGGAAGUUGGCCAGAAUAUCUCGGCAUCAAAUCUCAGCUUACACACCUUAACUCACACACAAACUAAACUCGACGAAACGGAAACCAUCUCAUCAGAAUCUUGAAAAUGGCGGCAAAGGGCCAGGCUACCGAGACAGCUUACCAGAGUCUUCCGAGGGACGACCCUUCGGCGGCUCUGCUGCACCCCGAGGAGCGAGAGGAGGAGGAAAGGAAGCCAUCCGUCUCCAUCACCUUUUCGCCCGUCCUCCUCCUCCGAUUUGUCGUCAUCGCUCUCGGCAUCACGGCCACUGUCUUCAUCUGUAUGCCCUGGUACCACGACGGCCUGGCCGCCUUCUUCGGUAUCUGGUCCAUCCUGCUCAUCCUCUGGAACUCGUACCACCUCAUCAGCGGCCUGAUCUACUGUGCCUGCUGCGGAAAGAAGGGUGGCAACAAUGUGGUUGACAUUACGCUUGGGAGCUUUUUCUGCACGUUUGGCUUUGCGUCUGCCAUCCAGCUUGGCUCUCCCCAGACGAGGAGCAUCUUGGUCAAGUUGAGGCCUUAUCUCAUCAACUUGGUCGACCUUGGCUUCGGUGGCUUCUUCAUCAUCCCCAGUGUCAUUGCCUUGACGAGUGACGUUUGGUCUUAUACUGGCAAUGUUGGUGGGCUGUGCAUCACCUUGUCGACGCUGGAGUUCAUCAUUGCGUUCCUGUCUCUGUUUAGCAUCUUCCGCAAGGUCAAGCUCGUCUUUUACAAGGCCGAGGAGCACGACAAGCCUGCCUAUACCAUUCCUGAGCUGUACCGAGACGACACCUCAGAGCCCCGAGCCUCGACUUCCUCCGAGGUUUAGAAAGCUUCUGUGAAGCACGGCAUCCGAGGUCAAUUUGUUCAUCAGGACGGUUCGGUUGUGACUUUCCUGGUGAAAGGAUGCCAAAGUCGUGAAGGAAUGAACGGAAAAGUCACGACGUCUACGUUUGACGAUACUGGGGGGCUCAAUGAUACGUUAAGGGAAAACAUCAUUGUUUUGGUCUAAGUUAUUGCUAUAUUUGCCUCAUGUCAGGCAACCAUAUCUGAACCCUUCGUUCCUUAUGCUUGCAACUAUGCUCGCUACUGGAUAGCAUGAACAAUAAACAAGAAAAUAAACCACUUCAUAACCGCU